GUGCACGUCUCCCAGCAGGUGCGCGUGUGACGUCACUGCGUGGCAACGACUGCCAGGAAGGAAAAGAUUUGUUCCUUUUAUGCUGCCUGUUGCCAAAGCACUUUUUAAAAACUUUUUCGUCGGACGGUUUGUGGCUGAGUUGAGGUAAAAGCGACCUGUGAGUGGGAAGCCAACGAAGUGAAGACGGGAGGAGAGGCGGAAAAUGGGUAAAAAAGACAAGAUAAAUCCAGAGUCUCCGUACGGUGAACCGGCCGAGUUUGAUCCUAGCUUUAAUGGACCCAUAAAAAAGAGAGGGUGCACUGAUAUCAUCUGCUGUGUGCUGUUUCUAGUGGUCCUCCUUGGAUACAUAGCAGUCGGAAUUGUAGCGUGGCUUUAUGGAGAUCCCCGGCAUGUUCUUUUUCCGAGGAAUUCAACUGGAUGGUAUUGUGGCACUGGACCAAAUAAAGACCGACCCACACUUUUGUACUUUGACAUUGUCAAAUGUGCGACGUCGGUCAACGUGAUGGCUACGGCUCUCAAUGGGUUCCAGUGUCCAACCACACAGGUAUGUGUGGCAAAGUGCCCCACUAAUUUCUCCGCUGUGGGGCCGCUUGCAUACGCCCAGCAACCUGCAGAGGUUUUCAACCAAAAUCUAUGUGCACCAUCCGUAAACCUGUCAGACAUUGGCCUGUCUGUUAAAGAAAUUGUGGAGAAGGAUCUGUGUCCUUUCUAUACUAUUCCCACAAUCGCUGUACUAGGAAGAUGUCUGCCUGAUAUCAAAGUGCUUGGGCAGAUUCCGCCAGAGUUUUCCAACGUUCCGGGCUUGCCAACAGCUGUCAGUGACACGGUCAACCUCAUCAAGAACGGCACUGGGGAUAUUUUAAAUGGCUUCAAUGCCAGGGACGUUGGCGUUCGCAUCUUUGAGGAUUUUGCAUCAUCAUGGCCCUGGAUCCUUCUUGGUCUGGUAAUCGCCAUGGUGCUCAGCAUGUUGUUCCUGUUGCUGCUGAGAUUCACUGCCAGCGUCAUGGUAUGGGUCCUUAUUGUAGCAGUCCUCAGCACGGGGGCAUAUGGGAUAUGGCACUGCUACUGGGAGUAUGAUCGCUACAAGACACAAGCUGCUUCCAUUACGGACGUUGGCUUCACCACUGACUUCAAUGUUUAUCUGCAAGUGCAAGAGACCUGGUUAGCUUUCUUAAUCAUUCUUUGUGUGGUCGAGGCAAUCCUUAUCUUGAUUCUCAUCUUCCUGCGGUCCAGAAUCCUCAUCGCCAUUGCGCUCAUACGAGAGUCGAGCAAAGCCAUAGGUGUCAUGAUGUACACGCUGCUGUACCCUCUGAUCACAUUUGUUCUCCUCCUGGUUUGUGUGGCUUACUGGGGGGCCACGGCCUUAUAUUUGGCCACCUCAGGAGAACCCAUCUACAAAGUGGUUGCCCUCAAUUCCAGUAUGAGUGACUGUCAGAGCAUCAAUGGCACAAUGAAGUGUGAUCCUCAGACCUUCAAUGCAUCAGAUUACCAAUCUUGCCCCUCCGCUGCGUGCAUUUUUGUCAAAUACAACGAUGAGGGCACGUUCCAGAGGACCCUCUUCAACCUACAGAUCUACAACGCAGUGGCCUUUCUCUGGUGUGUCAACUUUGUCAUCGCUUUGGGCCAGUGCACGCUUGCUGGUGCUUUUGCCUCCUACUACUGGGCCCUCUCCAAACCAGACGACAUCCCCAUGUUCCCCUUGUCUGCUGCUUUUAUGCGCACACUAAGGUACCAUAUUGGCUCACUGGCAUUUGGUGCUUUGAUCCUGACACUUGUGCAGGUAGCGAGGGUGAUCCUGGAGUACAUUGACCACAAAACCAGAAUGGCUCAGAACCCUGUCGCACGUUUUAUCUUGUGCUGCAUGAAGUGCUGCCUCUGGUGCCUGGAGAAGUUCAUCAAGUUCCUCAACAGAAAUGCAUACAUCAUGAUCGCCAUUUACGGGAAGAACUUCUGUACCUCAGCCAGGAAUGCUUUCUCUCUGCUGAUGAGGAACAUCAUAAGGGCUGUGGUGAUUGACAAGGUGGCAGACAUGCUGCUCUUCUUUGGGAAGCUCCUGGUGGUGGGCGGAAUCGGUGUACUGUCCUUUUUUUUCUUCUCCGGCCGAAUACCUUUACCAGGCAACACUUUCCAGACGGAGACCCUCAACUACUACUGGAUGCCAAUCAUUACGGUGGUGUUUGGUAGCUACCUCAUAGCUCACGGAUUCUUCAGUGUGUACAACAUGUGUGUGGACACACUCUUCCUCUGCUUCCUGGAAGAUCUGGAGCGCAAUGAUGGUUCUCUGCAAAAACCCUACUUCAUGUCCAAAAACCUCAUGAAGAUCCUCAACAAAUCCAACAAGACUCCCAAAAAGGGCAAGAAAAAGUGAAGUCGCCAACCCUCCUGUUCUUUUCUCACGUUUACCAAAACUAUUUGCUGAUUUUGCACUUUAGAAUGAUUGUUCAAUGUUCAAAGAUGAAUGAGUGGCGUUAGUGUAGACUGAGCCUUUUUGUGACAUGUCAAAUUGAACGUCUCCUUGAUUGAGUUGGUUCAAAAACUUUUCUGUUGAUAUCUUUUUGUGUGAAAUAGUUUCUCUCUGCUGUGCACAUGAUCACUAUUAAUGUUUAUCUAUUGCAAAUGUUUUAUUUUAUAUCAUGUUGCAAAACAUUGUUUUUGACUGUAUUGAAAUUGUUGAUUUAUAAUAAAAGAUUGUUUAUGUCAAAAA